AUGCUACAUAAUAUUUAUGAAAGAAUAAUAUUUGCAUAUACUUCGAUUGAUUAGAAUUUAAGGCAGAUGGCAGAAAAAGAUCUGAAUUAGCUUGAAGAAUAGGAUUCGAAUUUUUGUUGUUAUUUAUUAGAAUUGAUAUAGACCCACAAAUAAAACAAUUAGGUUAAAUUUUUUACAAUUAUCCAUUUAAAAAAUGUAAUUAAGCGUAAAUGGAAGGCUUACAAAUAGAUGCUUGGUUGUGAAAAAAGAUAAAGUAUUUUCAUAAUUUUAUUAAAGGCUAUUUUGAAGAAAAUCAGAGAAAUCAAAUCAAAUAAUAAGUAUUAUAAAUUUAUUGUUAAGAAGAUGUUGGAUAGCUCAAAUAAGAAGUUCUACAAAUUUUAUUUGUAAUAUAUAGAAUUUAUUAUAUAGGAAUUAUGCUCAAGUGAUUACCCUUUUAAAUAUCCAUUAUUAAUAAAUUUCAUAAACUAAUAAUUGGAAUCAAAUAUUUAAGAAGAAUAACAAUUAUCAUUCUUAAAACAAAUAUUCAAAAUUAUGCCUAAAAAUUAAAUGAAAAAUGACUAAUAUGAUAGGUUAUGGUAAAAAAUUGCCUAAUUAUGGGUACAAGCUGAUAAUCUGAAUACUUAUUCAUAACAAUCUUUGGUGUUACUAGAUAAAAUGUUUACUAAUUUUAUAUUGUCCUAUAAUUAAAAUGUUUUCAAAGAUGAAAUUUCAUAAAUUUUUACUUCAAUACUAUAAAAAAUAGCUAGAUUAUUACAAAGCCCCUAAUAAUAAUAAUAUUAAAAGAAUAUCAAUCAUUUAAUUUCCAAAUGCUCUAAGUUUGUUGAUAUUUAUUCUUUUUAUAUAACUUAAACCUUUCCUGAUUUCUUGUAAUUGUUAAGUGUAACAAUAAAUUCAGAUAAAAAAUUUAUAAUUAAAGGCGGUUUAGUGGCGUUUAUUAGGUUUUUAAAACUAUCAUAUUUAUUUUAAACUGAUGAAUAAUUUUAGUAUUAUUUGAAAAAAAAAUCUGAUUCAGAAAAAUAACAAUUCAUGAAAGAGAAAUAAAUUAUUGAUUAAAUUUUAAAAUAAUUUUUUGAGAAAGAGAGUUAAAAUUUUAUACAAAAAUUUUUAACCUUUAUAACAUCAUCAAAUGAUAUCAGCAUUGAAGAAAUGAUUGAAUAGGAGGAAGAAAAUGAAUUCGAAAAGAUUUUACAUCCAAAAGAUGCCGAAAUUUUUAGUUUAGGAUUAAUUGCUGCAGAGUUGCUCAUUAUCAGAGCUCCAAAUAUUUGUAUAAAUUUACUUUAGGGAUAUAUUGAUUAGACAAUAUAGGCUUAAUUUUAAAUAAAUGCAAACAUUCUAGAAAGCUUAUUGAUCAUUAUUGGUUUAAUUCCAAAAAUAUAAUCAAAGCUAAAAAUGUAAUUUCAAAUCUAAUAUCCUCCAAUUAUAUAAUAUUUAUAAUCAUCAAAUCAAAUUCAUCAUUAACGAAGACUUUCUAUUUUAUUAAAUAGGCUAAUUCUAAUAUUAGAUUAAAAUUAAAUAUUAUCUACUCUUACAUUAGCGGGAAAUCUGCUAUCUACUUCUCAAGAUAGUAUAAUCUAAUAUCAAUCAUUAUUGUGUAUAAAAUAAGUGGCAAUCAAAUAUGAUGGAAAUUUAUAAUGGAGUUAAAUUUUGGUUACUGUCUGCCCAUAUAUAGUAAAGCUUCUUAAAUGUUUACAAAGAACAAGCAUUAUUACUCCGUUGUUAGAUUUACUUUCGAAACUAAUUGAAAAAUGUCAAAAUGAAUAAUAAGAAGUUGUAGUAAACGCGAUAGAAAAUAGCGGCCUUUUAUAAUUAAUGUAAUCUAAAUUUUAGGAAGCUGAGGAAAAUCUAUUGAUAAUUGAUUAGGUUUGUUAGAUGUUAAAAACUUUAAUAGUUGCAUAUCCACUUGGAACUAAAAUCUCACAUAUAGUUUAAAUGGCUAGUGUACUUAUUAUAAACAAUAUAAAUUCAAAAUAAGCCUGCAUUUUAGAGUUAGUAUUAUUGUUAUUAAGAGAAUACGAAGAAUAAUCAUAAAAUUUUCCUAUUUCUUAAUUAAUAAGUAUCCUUUAGUAAAACUUAGAUAAUUUAUUAUCUGAUACCUCACCAAUAAAUUCUUGCAUAAUUUUAUAAAUUAUUGAAGAAUUAUAUUUAUUGGGCAUUUUUUCUAUAAAUGAUUUUUCAAAACACAUCCCUUACAUGGAAUCUAAAUAUACAUUAAGAGACAAAAAUGUCAAAAAUUCUGUAUUAGGUCUGACAACAACAAUGAUUUUGAUGAUGUUGAAUAAUAAUAGAUAAGAUAUAGCAAUAUUUUCAGGUUUAAUUUAAUAGAUACUUAAUGAUUUAAUAGAGCCAGAAAUGAAUGAUAGGCUUGACAAUAAAUUUAGAAUUGAAGUUUAAAUUGUCAGCAUACUUAACAGAUUUAUCAUUUUGGCAAGAGAUGAUUACUUCUCUUUUGUUUAGUAAAAUAACAUCUCUUUUGAAAAAUAUUUUUAAAGUUGGAUGAAAAAAUCAGAAAUAUUAGAGUCUGAAAAAUCUAUGUAAUUAAAUAUUAUUAUAUCAUAGAAAAUUAAAUAUAAUAGCAUUUCUACUUAUCAUAGACUAUGUAUAACCAAAUAUAUUUACUGCUUACAUUACUUAAAUUGCAACACAAUAUGGCAGAUUUUCAAAAAAGCAAUUAAUAUAAAAAGCAAUUACAAUUCUCUCACCCUGUUAAAGGCUUUCAUAAUAUAGAGCAAGUAGCCGAAAAGAAAAGAUAAGAAAUACUCAAAUGCAUAAUGAACACAAUCUUCAACAAUAUUUUUAAAAAAUAAUUCAGGAUUAUAUUCUUAAACAUAAUUUACAGUAAGACUUGACGAUUAUUUAAGCUUUAUAAAUUAUUUCAUGA